AUGCCUUCCCUAACUGGAGAUGGCUUUGAUCUUCCCGUAUCGAAACGCCAGAGAAUUGCGCAACCACAAUUGUUGGCACGAGAGAAGAAGGAAUCGCAGUCCCGAAUCUUUUCUCAUUUCAGGACUCUCGGCUUAGUCUCUCCGACUACAGUUCCGUUUACUUCAGUGCGACUUGGCAAAUCCACAUAUCAAAUUACAACGUCUGUCGGAAGAGUGCUUCAAACCUAUGACCUCAAGCGCGGUUUGGGUCUGGUAUUCGCCAGUCAACCUCGAACUCCAGGCUUAAUUACGGCGACUUUUGCUUGGAGGAACUAUGUGUUCGCUGCUUGGGGAGGUUUACGUCCUGGCGAAGAAUCGGGAGUAUGGGUGUUUCAACGAGGAAAGAGAAUCGCUGAGCUAGAAAGCGUGCCCCACGGUACUGGCCCCAUUUCGCGACUUCUCGUUUUUGGAUCCUGGGUUGUCGGAUGCGGCGAAAGCAGGAUACAAGUAUGGAAGAAUACGUCUUUUGAGCAUUAUACGAGCUUGGUCCCGGAGGUUGCGCGAGGCGCUUCAGAUUUGCCGGUAUUUACUGGCCAUGUCUGCAACAUGCCUACAUACCUAAACAAAAUUUUUGUUGGAAGAUACGAUGGAACUGUUGAGCUAUGGAAUAUCAGUAGUGGCAAGCUUUUGCACAGGUUUUCACCUGUAACUGCCAACGAUGACGCUGUCACUGCCAUGGAAGCGACACCUGUUCUUUCACUCAUCGCUAUUGCUUACAGAAGUGGUACUGUCGUUCUUCGAAAUGUGGACACCGACGAAGUGCUUCUAUCACUGAACGCAUCAACAUCAAAAUCAUAUCCAAUAACCUCGAUAUCUUUCCGAACUGAUGGCCUGGGGGCUGGUGAAGAUGGCAGGAAGGCGGGAGUCAUGGCUACGGCGUCUGUGUACAGUGGUGACGUUACUCUAUGGGAUCUCAAUAACGGAGGCAAGAAAACUAGUGUGCUCAGAAGCGCGCAUGAUAUGACUGCCCAGAGCUCUGACAGUGGUGUCAACAAGAUUGAGUUCCUGGACGGCCAGCCAGUUCUGGUCUCUUCUGGAAGGGACAAUGCUUUGAAGACUUGGAUUUUCGACGACUCUCCCUUCUCUCCAAUUCCGAGGCCCCUGCAUUCCAGAGGUGGUCACGCUGCAGCAAUCUGUUCCCUUAGAUUCUUGCCUUCGGUUUCCGAUGGUAGCGAUUCAAUCGGGAAAUGGCUACUAAGUGCAUCCCGAGACCGCUCUUUGUGGGCCUUUAGUCUGCGCAAAGACAGUCAAAAUGUGGAAUUGUCGCAGGGUAAAGUCAAAGCAACUGCCAAGAAACGAGGCAUAUCGAGCGCAGCGGAGGCGGCUGAGGAGCUCAAGGCCCCUGAAAUCACAUCAAUUGCAUGCUCGCUCAAUCGUGAUCCUGGGAUGGGAGCAAGUAGCCAACAAGUAUGGACCAAUUCAAGAGAUCUCAAGAAGCACCCACAGGGAGAAAACGGGUGGGAGAGUGUUGUGACAGCACACCGAGGGGAUAAGUAUGCGCGCACUUGGUAUUGGGGUAGGAAAAAGGCCGGUCGGUGGGCGCUUGAGACGAGUGAUGGAACCGAGGUCAAGAGCGUUGCCAUAUCAAACUGCGGUACAUUUGCUGCUGUAGGGUCCUCUGGGGGUAUAAUUGAUAUUUACAAUCUACAAUCUGGCCAGCGUCGACAACGAUUUCCACCCUUACCAUCCUCCAAGAACAAAAUUUCAAAGAUUGCAUCCUCAGGCCAUACUAAAGCUGUCACUGGUCUUGCGAUCGAUAAUCUGAACCGGAACGUUGUAAGUUGUGGAUUAGAUGGGAAACUUAAGUUCUGGGACUUCACCUCCGGAAAUCUUAUUGCUGAAUUAGAUUGGGCGCCAAUGGCAGCCAUUACCGGACUACAGUUUAGCAGCAUCAAUGAACUUGCUGCCCUUAGCUGCGAUGAUCUAUCUAUCCGUGUAGUAGAUCUCGAGACAAAGAAAGUUGUCCGAGAACUUUGGGGUUGCCGAGGGCAAAUCAACGACUUUUGCUUUUCCAACGACGGCAGAUGGAUCAUAGCCGCAUCUAUGGACUCUAUAAUCAGAGUAUGGGACUUACCAACAGGUCACUUGGUUGACAUUUUCCGAGUACCUGCCACCUGCACGGCUCUUGCAUUUUCUGGAACAGGAGAAUUUCUUGCCACUGCUCAUGCGGAUGAAGUUGGUGUGCAUAUCUGGAACAACAAGAGUCUCUUUACCAACUUUCGACCUAUCCACAUUGACGAGGCUGCCCUAUUAUCGAAUGUGACAUCUGUGACAUCUACUGAGUCUGGAUCAGGCAUAGUUGACACUGCCUUGACUGCCGAAGCAGAUGACGAAGGUGAAGACAAAACCACUAUAUCAUUCGAACAGCUGGACCGGGACAUGAUGACUUUGAGUAUUGUUCCACGUGCAACCUGGCAAACCCUAAUCAAUCUAGAUAUUGUCAGGGCUCGCAAUAAGCCCAAGGAACCGGCCAAAGCUCCAGUAAAGGCACCAUUUUUCCUACCAUCUCUCCGGGAUGAUCAGUCUACCGCUCCUAUAGCUGGAAUUGAGGACCAGAAGGAGACAGCACCAGCUCCCAUAUCCAAAAGCCUUCUUUCUCAACAGGACUCUCCCGUUAGCAAGCUGUUGAGAUCCGGCUCAAGUAACAAAAACUUUUCACCUUUUGUCGAUUAUUUCAAGUCCCUCUCACCAGGAAAAGUUGACCUAGAAAUACGCUCCUUGAAUGUCCAACUUCUGCCAGAUGGAUACUGUGAGCUACUCAGCUUUGUGGAUGCAUUGACAGAGAGACUUCGCUCGAAGAAAGAUUUUGAACUUGUCAAUGCAUGGAUGGCUGUGUUAUUGAAGGUCCAUAGUGAUCUAAUAUGCGGUGAUGGCGACCUGUCUACUGUUUCAUCAGAUGAGGGUCUGGUGGAUGCUUUACGUACUGCUCUGAUGGGUUGGAAAAAGGAGCAAGAGAAUGAAGCUAAACGACUAUCUGAGUUGAUGGGAUACUGUCGUGGUAUUAUUGGAUUCCUUCGCUCAUCUCGUUGA